UGUUGCUAAUUAGGGCCAAACUCUAUUGGAGAUCAGUUUGUCUGAUCAAACUAUAUCUGUCUAUAUAAACUAAACCUAAAAAAUAUACAACAUAAAACUUAAACGGAAAAGGAUCCUAUAUAAAAUACAUGCAGAUGUACAGACAUAGGAAGGAACACAUAUGAACACAUGAACAAAACACACAACAGAUGGAAAAAAGGUUAAGCAGUUCACGGCAAUUAAAAAUAUAUUUAAGUCCCAUUUUAUAAUUUGUUUCAUGCCAUUUUUGUGUAUUUAUUUGGAUAUUUGUAUAGUUUGUUGUUUGUAUAGAUUUACAUGUCAUUACGUACCAUAGUGUGGGCGUCCACUGACAGUGAUAUUUAAAAGAGGCGAGGGAACAGGUUUAGUGGGUGUAUGAGUGUGUGUGUGUGUGUGUGUGUGUGUGUCUAUGUAUGUAUAUUAUUGUGUGUGUGAGUAUUUAUUAUUUUAUUCGGUAUCACUGAAACACAGAUAAAAUAACAUGUGUUGCUUUUACCUCAGUAGCAAGUUAUUUACAGGCGAAGUCAAAUGUAGUAGCCAACAUGUAUGAAGAAAAUGUUAACAUUGAAGUUAAAUGAAUGUGUGUGUUUAAUGAAAAUAGGAAAAAUAAUGGGUCCAGAGAUUUCUGGUGCACAUUCAAAGUUAUUUUCUGUGAGAGGGUCUUGAAGGUAAAUUCUGUUUUCUAGUUUUAUUUUCACAAAAUGUGCAAAACUAGAGGUCCACACUUCCACAGUGUAGAGCGAAGUCCUCUGUCAGUAACAUAGGUAUGUAUGUUUGUGGUCAGACAGUGGUAGGUUUGUGACUAAAACAUCUAUGUCAUGAAUGUUUUGCACUUCAGUGUCCCUGAGCGAAGAUGAUGAACUCUUCCCAUGUGUCACAUUUCACUCUAGGUGCCUAUUCUGAUCCUGGCCUGUAUACAUAUGUGAUCUUUGUGUUUGUGCUUUGUUUCUACCUGUUAAUCAUUGUUGCUAAUUUGCUGCUGAUUGUAGUUAUCUGUAUGAACAGGAGUCUACAUGAACCUAUGUACGUGUUUGUGUGCAGCUUGUUUGUAAAUGAACUGUAUGGCAGUACAAGCUUGUUUCCAGCACUGCUGCUUUACAUUCUCUCUGACAUUCACACCAUCUCUGUUCCUCUAUGUUUCCUGCAGAUUUUCUCAGUUUAUUCUUAUGGUAGCAUCGAGUUCACCAACUUAGCUGUCAUGUCGUACGACCGCUACCUCGCCAUCUGUUACCCUUUGCAAUAUAAAGCACACAUGACAAGCAGUAAAGUUUUCCUGCUUAUUGCUGGAAUAUGGUUUCCUCCUGUUGUUGCUGUUUCUGUGACAGUGUGUUUGACAUCGUCUCUGCAUCUCUGUGGAAACGUCAUUGACAAAGUUUACUGCGACAAUUACGGCAUCAUCAAAUUGUCCUGUGGUGACACAAGAGUCAACAAUGUCUAUGAGCUGAUGGCGACGUCACUCACUGUCUGCGCUCCCUUGUCCGUCAUUGUCUUCUCAUACAUAAGGAUUUUAAAAGUCUGUUUCUCUGGUUGUAAACAGACAAGACAGAAAGCAGUCAGCACCUGCACACCUCAUCUGGCCUCACUGCUCAACUUCUCCUUCGGGGUUUGCUUUGAAGUUUUACAGAGCAGGUUUGAUAUGAGCAGUGUCCCUAUGACUCUUAGAAUUUUUUUAUCUUUAUAUUUUCUCACAUGUCAGCCGCUGUUCAACCCUGUCAUGUACGGACUCAAGCUGUCCAAAAUACGUCAUGUCUGUAAACAUCUGCUGCUCAGCAAGUGUCAGUCAUUAUUCAGCAAGUUUGAGCAGCUUCAGUAUCAACAACACAAGGGACAUUGAUAAUGAAAACAACAACAUAAAUAAUAAUGAUAAUAAAAAG